AUGGCCAGCUUCCUCUUCCCCCCGAUUCCACCACCGCCACCACAUCUACCAAGCCCCAGGUCGGAUCAGCCUCGCCUGUACACCUCCUCCGGCUUCUCAUCCGGAGUGUCGCCGUUGGCGUCCAUCCCGUCCUUCAGCAAUGCUCCGCCCCCGCGAACCUUCCCGGAGACGUCGUCUGUCCCCGCCCUGACCCCGGGCCCCCUGACUACCCCGUCUUCUGCAAGUAGCCGCCCUGCGCAACCGAGGGCACUCAAAUCGAGGGUUUUCUCUAGCGAGGACAUCGAUCGGUACUUCGAUCAGUACUUUGAGCACUUCCACCCGUAUUUCCCCGUUGUGCCCUGCAGGAAGUCGACACACGAAGGUGGAAUAUUUGACUUCCUCGUCGACGCAGUCAGGAACGAGAUCUGGGGAAGUGUAUCUGAUCCGCCUGUCUCUUUGUCUACGAUCAAUGCAUUGUUGAUCUUGAGUGUGUGGCCUUUACCGACCAUCCGCUUCAUGAAGGACCCUUCUCCAAUAUACGUGUCACUCCUCAUGAACAGCUGUUACAUGCUUGGCAUUCAUACCGGCCGGGGAGACUUCCCGACGCAGGUAUACCCAGCCUAUCGCCUGUCCGUCAGCGACGAGGAGGCCGUGUAUUCUUGGGUAGGGUUCAAUGUUAUCUCCCAGCGCGUGUCGACGUAUAGUGGCACGCCUUCCACAGGCCAGUACUUCAACAGCACUAUUGAAAGUAUCCUCGACAGGACGAGUCCGGUCAAGAUUCCGAUGUACUUCUACAUCCUCCUGGAAAGUGCGGCAUUCCUACACAGGGUGGGAAGAACAAUAGCUGCCAACCUCGAGCAAGAGAAGGGGAUUUCCCACCAUGUUGUCGAGCAGUUAGAAGAAGACUUCUUGAAGGUCCAGAGCCUCAUGUCUGCGGGCAUCUCAGAGGUGGACCAAUUCACCAUACUAUCGACACUGCUAGAGCUACAAGUAUUCUACUUCAUGCCGAUGCCCGGCUUCAGCCAGGAGGCAUUCAAGCGCAACGCCCUCCGCUGCCACACGACUGCACAGUCUGUCAUCAGGCUCGCGCUGAAGCUCAACAACGAGAUCGAAUUCCUCUCGCACUCGCCCCACUUCGUCUGCCGCUCCAUGCUGUCGGCAGGCUGCAUCGUGAUAUCGGCGCUGCUGUCCCCGUCCACGAAGGAGGUCAUCGAGCGGCAGAUCCAGGACGCCGGGGCCACCCCGGACGCGGUGGUCAACGAGGCGCUCUCCGGCGUGAGGCUGUGCAGCAUCCAGGACGGCGACCUGCCCGUCCGCGCGGCCAAGAUGAUGGAGAGCGCGUGGAGCGUGCGCGAGAUCCUCCCCGCCACGGAGCUGUCGCAGCUCGGCCAGAUGGACAUCUCGCACCGCCUCGGCAUGGGCCUGCCGCUGGACUGCAUCCGCAGGUGGAAACGCCAGAUGGAGCAGAUCCGCCCGGACAAGGUCACGCCUCAGCCCGUUGCCGCCGAGGGAGCAGGGACCGCGGCCGUGGCGAGCGCGGCCGAGAUGCUGGCUGCUGACCCAUUUUCGAGGGUCGACUGGGACGCGUUCAUGAAGGACUUUGACAUGAAUUUCGAUCCGGCCCUCAUGGAUACUGUUGUCGCCUAG